CUUGUAUAGCAACUGAUGCUAGGAGUUUAGUAGCGUCAGUAAUAGAUGGCUGCCCAGUUAACAGUACUGUCCUCCUCUUGUCAGCAGUGGUAACUGCCGGCGACGGGUUGUCCAGAGGCUCUGAGCGCUCAGCCUGUAGAGAUACUGAGAUCUCGCGAGAACAGCGGCGACGCAGCUGACUGGCAGUUGGGCCGCAACAGGCAGGGCUGUGUGAGCAGCGGGCACGGAGGUAGCAUCAUGGCGGAUAGAGACAGUGCGUUGGAGCAGUCAGCAGCAGCGGCGGCGGCGGCGACAGCUGCGGGCCCCCUGCACCCAUCUCUAGGAGGGGCGGGUUCGUCUCCUGGGCUGCAGCAUGAAACGCAAGAGCUCGCCUCUAAACGAGUCGACAUCCAAAACAAACGCUUCUACUUGGACGUAAAGCAGAACGCAAAGGGUCGCUUCCUAAAGAUAGCGGAGGUUGGGGCCGCAGGAAACAAGAGCCGCCUCACUCUCUCUAUGUCGGUUGCUGUGGAGUUUCGGGACUACCUGGGGGACUUCAUCGAGCACUAUGCUCAGUUAGGGCCCAGCAAUCCGGACAAAGUGCAGGACGAACCGCGUAGGGCACUGAAGAGUGAAUUUCUCGUCCGGGAGAAUAGGAAAUAUUACAUGGACCUUAAAGAGAACCAGCGGGGCAGGUUCCUGCGGAUCCGGCAGACCGUCAACCGGGGGCCCGGUCUGGGAUUCGCUCAAGGCCAGACGAUCGCUCUUCCCGCCCAGGGACUCAUCGAGUUCCGCGAUGCUCUGGCCAAGCUGAUCGACGACUACGGGGUGGAAGACGAGCCGGUUGAGCUGCCGGAGGGCACCUCGCUGACGGUCGACAACAAGCGCUUCUUCUUCGACGUGGGCUCCAACAAGUACGGCGUCUUCAUGAGAGUCAGCGAAGUGAAGCCCACGUACCGCAACUCCAUCACCGUGCCCCACAAGGUGUGGUCCAAGUUCGGCCAAACGUUUUGUAAAUACGCCGAGGAGAUGAGGCACAUCCAGGAGCGCGAGAGGCGCGCGUGCGAGCAGCAUCCAGAGGAGCCGCGCGCCGACGACGACGACGGCGACGAUGAUUGAUAAUCUAAAUAAAUUAAUGACAGAACUAUAGGAGGAGAAUCUAUUAAAAAAAAAUAAGACAAACUUAUAUUAAGCGGUCAUCGUUUAACCAACAAGAAACCUUCACAGACUGACAGUUACGGCUUUUCUCCCAUCGCUGGAUGUUACCCACUUAUCCAUCAUUAAAACAGUAAGCGGCUGCUACAGUAACGGCAUAUAUGAACUGUGUUUCGUACUUGAUAAAAAAGCCUAGUGUUUAUUUCCCUACUUAACGAACAUUUUUACACGUGUAAGCUAUUAAAGAAAUUUCAGUGGUCAGACAUUGUGGUGUUGAGAUGACAUGGAAAAGUAGGGCUUUUCGUGUAUUACGUUUGACUUUAGCACAAAGCAAAUAUUUUAGAAACUUUUUUUUUUUUUACCAAAACAAGUCUUUUUAAAUAACUUAUAUUAAUAUAUUUACAACCAUAUUUACGUAUGAGUAUAUACAUUUAUAAAGAGAACUGAAAUUAAACUGCAGUGGACAGUUAUGACCCGAAAAAAAGAUAAAAAUGUAUUGUGCACAAAAUAACGCCACUAGGAAAGGGCUUUAAAGCGUCCUGUGACGGUAUUUUUAAUUUUUUGUGUUCUUGUACCAAGAGUCUACCAUAUGUGAUUGAAAGCUAGGCAUGUCGGUGGUCUGUUGUAGCAUUAUGCAGAAAUCUCUAUAGAGUUCAAGGUACCUAGAAACUCCGUGUGUUACAAUAUGCAUCUCUGCCUCAGCUCUGGACUCAUUCAGCUGGUUUAUGUCUUUUCUGUCAACGGGAACACUUUUUAAAUGGCACUUGCAGGUUUAUUGCUUUUUCUGAAUUGUCCACCUGGUUUUCAAGGAACAUGUGGUCCUGCGGAAGGAGUUUGUCCACCCUGCUAUAGGCAUACCUGAUUUAGAGGUGCAGAGGAUUGCAGAGAGUCUUGGGGCUGGAGGACUGUCAUAUACGCAUUGCUGUUCUGAUUACUAAAGUCACUGUUGUUCUUAUCAGAUUGUCAACCCUAUAGAAAUGUCGGGCAAAUGGUUUGAAGUGUCAACUUAAAAAAAAAUAUAUAUAUAUAAAAACUAUGAUUUUGUGAAUCAGAUAUAUUUCAGUCCUUAAGAAACACCCACGUUUUCUGUGGGUAAUGAUGAAACAAUAAUUUAAAGGAUAUUCAGCAUUGAAAAAGGAGACGAGAAGGUCCAGUUAUCAAUGCUCAGGUAGACGGGAAACUGCUACCGGUGCAUGUUGAGGCUCAUAGAGCAUAGGUCUACGUUUAAACAAUCUGGUGCCUUAAACAGUGCUCAUGUUUACAUACUGAUUUGGUGUCCUGGAGGGCUGUUUUAUUUUUGUUUGCGCGUGAUUGCAUUUACCAGACCUUCAAAAGAAAAAAAAAAACCCAAAGAUGGUUUGUUUUGUUUCAUUUGUUUUUCAUGAUAAAAAUGUUAUAUUCCCUUAAUUUAUUAAUUUGCUUUCCAAGAAGGCCGCACGUCAUAAUGGGAGCUAUCGUGUUAGGUGUAUUCGCCUGUGUUUCCUUUUCUCUCCCAUGCGCAGUGUGCAAAGAGCACAGGAAGUGAGCGUGCAGUGGUCUGGAGACCGCAGCUCACACGCACCUUCUGUGUUCUGUGCGUGAAUCAUUAUGACAGUGUGUGCUGUAUUAUGUGAUUAAAAAUCUCCAGUAGGGGAUCUAUUUGAUUUUUGUUUUUUCCCCGUAAAAGAAAUUACUGUGUUAUUUUUCAUUUUGAAUGUUUUGGUUUAUUUUUCCCCACAAAAAUUUCAGUGCUAGAUUUUGUUACUCUGUGCAAUAUUGUAUGUGCCAAUGUUGGCAAUUAAUGUAUAUUAAAUAUUUGAAAGCCUGAAGCUGAUUUUUCUUCUUAUUCUUUGAGGGGAAAAACAUCAGCAGUAUUUAGGGUUACUUCAUCAGUAUCAGUAACUCACUUAUCAGUAUCUGACAGACGGCAAAUCCCCUGUACAGCUGGAGUGCGGCUUGUGCUGCUUGGAGGGUUUGUCUCGCUCUCUGUCCCUCAAGCUAGGCAGGCAUCCCUUGUGUGAGAAUAUGUAGCAUAUCGUGUCUUAAAGAAUAAAAAUGAAUGGCACAUACAGUUGAGACAUGCUGCUGUGUUACCUGGUAUGCAUCAAGUAAAAAAAAAAAGUUUACAGAAAUAUGUAUGACUGAUCCUUCCAUUAUGGAGGUUUUGUUAUGUUUUUAUUUCUGCAUUAUAUGCUUCCUGUUUUAUUUUAUUGAUAUUAAUGUUUAUAACACAGUUAUACCAAUACAGAAAUACAUUUCAUUUAUUCAAAACUAACAUAUAUAUAUAUGGGGAAAUCUUGGUACAUAUAAUUUUAAGUUUCCUUCAAAUGAAAUUGACUAACUUGUAUUUUGACAAAUACAGGUUUAUGAAGGUUUGCUAAAUAUGACAUAAUUAGCCUUUAUUUGAAAGCGUUUUUUAAGUAUGUUUGCAUGUGUCUUCAGUUUUAAUGGGGACUGGUCUGUAAAUGUUGCAUAAACAGGGUUCAAUCAGUGUGGACCUUUAGAAAUUCUAUAUUAAAAUUCUCUAUAUAAAUGCCACAAUUCUUGGGUGAAUACUGGAUCGACUGCAACUGUCAUCACUAACAAAGGUCCUGGUAUUUUCUAUGUGAAUCUUGCUUUCUGUUAUGUCUGUUUUAUGUUCAAAUAUAUGUACUGCUUCUAUAGCAUUACUUUAUUUAAAUGUUUUGACUGAAGUCAGCUUUCUGCUGCAGCUGGAUGCAAGCUUGUUUUUUUGUUUGCUGCUAUUUAUUAUUGUUAUUUUAUUAUUAUUAUUAUUAUUAUUAUUGUUGGCAUAGUGGGUAAAGAAAAGGGAUUGUAUUUGAUGGUCAGUAUUUUGGGGGGGGAAAACUACCAGUGAGUAAGAAAUAACUAUUCCCAUGGGGUUCCAUAUGGUCAUCUUUUUUAAUACAAUAGUUCUGUUCUGGAGCUCUAAGCAAGGCUUGAAUUGAUUAGACAGACAGAUAGUCCUGGGGGGUCCAGGAAUCCAGCAGCCAAUCCAAGUGACCUACAGUAUGGGCCACUUACUGGUAUAGAGGUUACCCAGCACUCACCUUCCAGCAUGUAAUCACUAAAGCAGUACUGGUCUCGCAGGUCAAGUAGCAGAAUGCAGGAGGAACCCUUUACAGUUCACGUUAAAAGGAUGCAGCACAGUGUGUCUGAUCUCUGUCACAGGUGCUUUUUUUUUAAUUUUUUAUAAAUGUGUAACGUAGUUAUCUUACAACUCUCUAUGCUGUCAACUUUUUCAUUAUAUGUGGGUAAAAAUAUCACUGCUCUCAUUGCUACUCCAUGUUUGUGUUACAUCACGUCUUUUUUCUGUGUUUAAUUUGUACUUAUAUGGAAACCACUUGGAAACAAUGUCUUACUCUUAGUUGUUUUCUGACAUAAUCCUAUAAUGCCUCAAACUAAUAUCUGAAACAUAACAGCUUACCUGCUUGCCUUACUGUUGAAAACAGUGGUAAUUAUUGUGUAAUGACCUCACAGGAAUUACAUGCAGUGACUAUGAAUAUGUGGCAGAUGUUUCCAAUUGUUUCUGGAUGCUGAGGCUGAAACUGUUUAGAACCACUAGACUGUUUUGUGUGCCAUCUUUAGCAUUUAGCCACAGCAGACCCACCUGGAAUAUAUUUUAAAAAGGGAAUAUAUCCGGUUGUCUGUGGGCGAUUUCUUUUUUUAAGCUUUGUGUGGUCUCCAUCCUUGCUAACUUACAUAUAUUGCCUGUCUGAGAUGUGCUGUGAGCUCAUGCGGGAAAUUGCUUGUUGAAUUCUAAAUGCACACCCUGACCGGAGAAUGAAGGGUGUUCCACUUAAGUAGACAUCUUGUCACUUAUAAAGCACAUGCCCCCCCCACUUUUACUAUUGAUCUGAUGUACCAUGUGCUGCCUCUGUACUUCCUGCAGGUACAAAUCACACAGUAAAUAAAACCAUCAAAGUUGUGUACGCAUCCUAAAAUAAAACAUUUUGUGUCAGUACUAACACAUUUAGCUAAAAUGAAGAAGUAAAUUAGUCUUUUUUUUUAAUUUUCAUCAGCUUAGGUGCUACUAACUCUCUGGUGCUGUGUUGCAGCUGUUUUUCAAAAUGGCUGCUGUCAUUUAAUAUAGAGCAAUUUUCUAUUCUUCUCUUAGAUAUUCAGUGCCUUCAACAGGCUAUUGAAAGUUAAGUUCCAGGAGGUUUAAAGUCAGUAAUAUAGCAACAGACACCAUGUGCCAUGUAGUACAACAUAUGUAAUGCAUAUCAUGCAACGUUACCACUUUAACCUAUUAAUACCCACUGAAGCAGAUUUAUCGAAGUCUCUCUCCGCUGGAAUUUAUAACUCACAUGUGAAUACUUGUGCUUUCAUACAUCAGAUCUAAAUGUUACAUGAUUUGAGUAUCCAGAGAAGCCAGAUUUAUUAACAAAACACGACAGAAAACAAAGCACAACAAUGAUUAAGAUUCAAUGUUGAUGGUAACACUGAAAUGAGGAUCUCUGCCGUCACUAAUAAAGUGGGAUCAUCUAUUGGAUUGAUGUCUUGCUGCUUUAAUGAGAACGGCAAGGGCCUACAGAGCAAUUUCUGUGAUUUUCCCAUUUACCCAGUAUGCCUGAUCUAUAACGCCAAUCCCUUGUGAGUGACAAUGGGAGUUACUUACUUACAAAGGCUGAUUUCACUGUGUUGUUCUGUGACUGUGAGUGCAUACGCGUGUGUGUAAAGCAUCAGAGAAGUGUUUAAAUUUCCACACCGUAUUCACGGAUUCUCUUAGGCUGUUAUACUCCAAUUCCAAUUAUGCUCCCCCCCUGCCCCCAAGGAAAACAAAAAAUCUCUGUGUAAGAUGUGCAUACAUAUGGUUUGUUUAUUAUGUAUGAUGUCCCUCUAUGAGCAAAUAUAACUAAAAUAGUUUUAUCUGUAAUAUUUUAUACUCAAAGAACUUAACUAAUGGAUUAACAUUUGCACUUUAAAAUGUGAAAAUUCCAAAUAUUUUUGAUAGGUCCUACACAGCAUAGGAAAUACUUUCAAGGCUUUGUGUCUUUACUGUUGCAGAAAAAUAUGCCAACUUUCAGUAAUAUAUUUUGUCUUGUGCAGUUUUAUUAAAGUGUAUUGCAUGAUAAAAUACUCUGAUUAUUUUAAAUGGCUUUGUCCAAAUAAGCUAAAAGUCUUAACAAUGUCUUUCUGGAUACUUAUAUUUUAAAGAGUUUAUUAUUGAAUGGUUGCCUUUCCUGACCUGACUGUGGUACUUUUCUGGUUUAGAAUUUUUUUUUUGUUUUCAUGCCGCCUCUGCUUUUGUUGCUGCUCUAUGUACAUUCAUCUCAUUAAAUUUCCUUUGAAACUUCA